AUGGCCAGCAAACACUCAGCCACCCGCACUCGUGGUGGCAGUGUCUUCGAAUGCUCUGUAUGUCGUCGCAAAUACGGGAAGAAGGAGCACCUCCAAGUAAGCAGGCUCAGACUGACAGACCACCAAGACACGGGUGCCAAGCCGUUCAAAUGCUCGAUAUGCCAUCGAGGCUUCUCGCGUGCCGAUGUUUUGACAAGACACGUCAGGGGUCAUCGUGGUCGGGAACCGGCCGAGUCAACAGGCGCGGUUCAGCAGUCUAUUCCAUCACAUCAUGCCGAUGUAAUAACAGCCGUCAGCUCGGCCAGCCUGGUCGCUGAGGGGUUGUCGUCGGAUGACCGAUAUCUCCCAAUUGACGACCACUCAUCGCUGCUUUGGCCCGACACGCAGAGUUUCUUCCAGAGUCUCACGUCCUUGGACUCAACGGCAUGGGACCAAGUUGCCGCUCCGCUUGCCGAAGCCCCAGCUUCCACGAGUAUCCUCAACGAGAUAAUAGCUCACGUUAGACUUCAGAACGCUCCGGGCUCCGAGGACGCGCCCCCAUCUGACGAGCAUCAAAAUGCCCAAGACGGACAUAGGGCAGUCCAGACGGUAAAUGGGCUCAUCAGCAAUACAUUCUCCAGCGUGACAGCACCGCCCGAACUGGCUGAGUUGACGCCUCGCUUUCUAGACAGCAGCUUGCACAUGUUCUUCACCAAAUUCAUUCCCAUCUUCCCUGUCAUCCACCGGUCCACCUUCGUGUUCCGGGACUGCUCGGCGCCUCUGCUGCUGAACGCCAUUGCGCUGGGUUCGCUCUUUCUCCGGAGCGAACAAGCCACGGCAAAGGGCGAGGCCCUCUGGCGACUCGCAUACACCGCCAUCGCAACGUCCUGGCCCGUCAUGAUCAGCCAGAAGAGAGAGCACGACCCCUGCAGCGGGGUACAGCUUGUCUUGACCUCGCUGCUGAGCCAGACCUACGCCGCGCUGUCGCAGAACCGCAUUCUUCGCAUGACAAGCCAGACCUUCUACGGACUCAGCAUGCACUGGGCACAAUACUGCGGCAUAUACGACAUCCCAGCUAUGCCGCGGGUGCCGUUUGAGGACUCCCCAGAGGAGGUCAAAGCCCUUGCAUGGAAGGCCUGGGUGGCGCGAGAGACGCAGCUGCGGGCCCUUCUCGGGCUCUGCAUCAUUGACGGCGUGGUGUCGCAGUUCAGCGGCAACCCGGUCAACACGUGGCUCCCGACCAACUCGCUGCCGCUGCCGGCCGACGAGGAUGCCUUCAACGCCGACUGCGCCGACAAAUGGAUCCGCCAGAUGACCAGGAAUGGCAGGCAUCGGGUCAGCACCCUUCGGUUCUGCGAUCUGUGUCACACUCUCUUUGACCCCGCCGCAACAUCGCCGUCUAUUAUUCCUUCCAGCGUCAUGCUCUUCGACAUACGAAUCAUUCUCGAGAUCUUGAACGCCCUAGCUGCUGAAGCAAGGAGAUCUGAGCUCCCUCCAGUGGUGAUCCCUUCCCUCCCGCAAAUCCACAUCGCGCUCCGAACAAUGCGCCACCACAUCCUCUACAGCGAUCAUCUCAGCCCAACUGAUCGCUCCAUCGGCCUUCUGCGUUUUCACGCCGUCUGCCUUGACCUGAACAGUACGGCACGCGGCACCCGCCGGAUGUGCGACCAGCUGGGCAUCCCGCAGGGCAUCUUCGGCGGGGAGAAGCGGUUGGAGUCGGCCGUCGACCCCGCCCGGUGGGUGCAGAGCCUGGCUGGGAGGAAGGGCCUACUGCAUGCGCUGCAGAUCCAGCUCGUUGCAAGCCAGAUGCCGCUGGGUCUGGCGCACGAUGUGUACCUCCCCGGGGCGUUGUUUGCGGCGGCGUCCACGUAUGGAUCGUUUGCGCUGGCGGGAAUUUCGAAGGUGCGGUUGCCGGGGGUGGUGGAUUGGGAUGUGGUGCUGGGGCUGGAGGAGGAGAUGGGAAAGGUGGAUAGUAGGACGCGGGAUUUCCUUGAAGGGAAGCUUGGGAGAAUGGCGGGAGAAAGGGAUUGCGAGAUGCGGAACUUGUUGUAUGAACUUAGCUCGCUUCGGAUUCUCCUUGGUAGUCUGUCGAUACAGUGGGGCGUGACUCGGGAGAUGGAGGAAGUGAUAGAGGCGUGGGAGCUGCGGUGUGAUUUGCAAUAA